UCUAAUUUGUUAACGUCAUUGAUCGAUUGAGGUUUUGGUCACAUUCUGAAUAGGUUGGACAUCCUGAGUUUCUGUUUGUGGCUAAAUCAAUCCAAAGAAUGGAACUUUUGGUGGUGAACAGAUUGGAAGGGAGAUUGAGAGCCAUAACUCCUUGCUCAUACAUAAGUUAUUUCCUGAGGAAGAUGAGUAAAAGUGAUCAAGAACCAUCCAACACAUUCAUAUCCAUAUCACUACAAGUGAUAGCCAGCAAAGCCAAAGGUAUUGACUUUUUGGAGUUUAGACCUUCUGAAGUUGCUGCUGCAGUGGCACUUUAUGUUUCUGGAGAACUGCACACAGUACAGUUUGACAACUCUUCCUUCUCUCCUCUUUUCUCACCACUUCAGAAGGAGAGAGUUAAGAAGAUUGGGGGAAUGAUAGAGAGUGGUGGCUCAGGCUUAUGUUCACAAACACCCAGUGGGGUUUUUGAAGUAUCAGCUUCUUGUUUCAGCAUUAAGACUCAUGCUUCUUCUUAUUAAGACUCAUGAUUCUUCUUCUUCUUCUUCUCAUACCCAUCUUUCCUAAAUUUCUAUGUUUCAGCAAAAACAAAAACGAUCAUCAUUAUUUUGUCUGAAGAGAGGUUGAGAAGGAAAAAUAUUACCAAUAAAAUUUUAAAAUAAAAUAACAAAAUUUCCAGUUCCGAUAUUUUAAUUUAUCCUUAGUUUCGGUUAUACCAAAAAGGGAAUGUUUUUUCGUUUAUUACUGUUAGUGAUCAUGUCGGUAGUAUUGAGCAUUAACAAUAAUAAGAGUUGACUUUUUUUUUUCGAGAAACUGUUCAACCUUCAAACAGAGUCAUUACGUAAAUAAGGCGCGCAUUGUAUUAGUGGGCUGAUAAUUAGGCCAUUACCAUAUGUCUUUCGGUUUAGUUAUAAGAGGUUAUAUGAAAUUUGUUUUUUUAAUAAUUGUUAAAAGGUUUUAACUCCUAUUGUUAUUCUUUUUGGAUUGUAACUUUUUAAUUACAAUCAACUGUUAUUGAUUAAUAGAUUCUGAUACUCUUUUUAAAUAUAUUAUAAUAAUUAUUUGGAUAAACAAAACUCUCUAUAUUUAGUAAAAUUUUAUAUUAAUUCAAACAAAAUGUUAGAAAAUUUUAACAAAACUCUCAACUAUAAAAAAAUACUCCCACUAAUACCCUUUUUGAAAAAUUCCAUUAAUCCCCUAACAUAUUUAAGGGGUUUUUGAGCUCUUACCUUUACCAACAGAAGUCCAAAACCUAUAAUUGUUUAUGAAAAGCAUUUCACGAUAAACAAGCAAAAAUUAUAAAAUGAUUGAAGACUGGCCUGGUCCAUGUCCUCUAAACCUCUAGGUUCGGCAACUAAGAAAUGUGGGCUAAGGCUAUAUUUAUUAAAAAUAAUGGGCCAUUGUCGUUCGGCACAACAGCGAUUUUGCGAUUAUCAAUUCAUCAGACAAAACAAUUGUGUUUGGAGACAAUAUGUAGUUUUUUUUUUCUUUGAGCAAAAUGUAGAUUUUGGUAUACGAAGCGAUUAUCAGACAAAACAAAUGUGAAUGCGUAUAGUUGUGGGUCAAUUCCUACUCGAAGAGUAAAUAUAUAUACACACGCAAGAGAUAUCAUACUUCUAUGUGUGUCACAGUGUGUGUAUGAAAUUUGAAAUGAAGAACUAUUUGGACAGUGGACUAAUAUGUGCAGACAACAAUACAAAACAGAUAAACGUUUUAUAAUUCUUUUAUUUGGACAGUAGACUAGGUGAAGACAACAAUACAAAACAAAUGAACUUUUAUAAUUCAUUAAUUAGGAUUCGUCAUAAUGAGUCGUCAUAGUCAUUCAACUGUCCAAAACAAAUACAUAUAUAGUUAUAUACUAUUCUCUUCGGUAAAAGUUGCUAAAAGUUAUAUAGCUUCCAUACUUUUUUCAACCUUUGCUUUCUCUUUUACGCAUAAUUAAAGAGAAAAUGUUUUUCCUUUUGUAAGUAAUAAUAUUGUGUUUAAGUUAUCAUUUGAGUUAUGGUUAUUAAGUGACUAAAUUAACUAUAUACAUUGCCAAAAAAUCACUGAUAUAUAUUAUUUCUAGGAGUAAGUGGAAAAUGUAUUCAUUGCACGUGAAGCAUCAUUAGUUUCCCAAAUUAGAACAAUGUAUUUGAAGCUAAGAGUAUGGGAAUGUCGUGUAAUUUAAAGGAUAAAGAAAAGUCUAGCCCUAGCUGCUACUAUAUACUUAUAUGUUUUACGCAAUUUAAUCGAAUUUGUUUGUUUUUCUAUUUAAUAUAAUAAUAUUAUUUGGUUCCAAACUUAGCUUGAAAGGGUGGUGAUAAAACCUUGCUUGUGGGUCACAUUUAGAACCCCUAAAAGAAUCAUAACAACACUAAAUAUUCCACAUUAAGAAUGAUGAUGAUGAUCAAUUGAUAAUUUUCUUGCAUGUAUGGUACAUAAUAUACACAAUGAACCACACCAAAGUGGUUUAGUGAUAGGCGGACUUCAAAUAAACUCGAUUUAGUGAUAGGCGGAUUUUAAAGAAAUUCGAGUUUGAAUCAAUUCUUCUACACUAAACUCGUGUGGUCAUAAUCAUGUUGCCUUCAUUUGAAUAUUUGGAGAGAAAAAUCAUUUGUAAAUUGAAUUUUUUUUUUUUGAAAAUUAAUGUGGAUCUUUAUAUGAGUUCGGAAUAUCCCAAAUUAAACAAAAAGAAACACAUCGAUAGGUCGUUGUCCGAAAGGUAUCUGCGUAUUGACUGCAACCACGGUAAGAAAAUCGUGUUUGAGAACAUAUAUUUUUCUGAUCAAACACUUCACAUCAAUAAUUCAAUUUAGUUUUACAACAUAAUAAAGCCAAAAUAAUUGCACAAAAAUCUGCGUUGCACUACUUUCUAUGAAAUUUAUUACAUAACCAGACUCCAACGUAGGGUCCGAUCGUUUCUCAUUACUGCAGCAGCCUAGUUAAACUUUUCUUACAGCUGAAUAAUUUUUUUCGAACAUACAACUUAUAAGUUCCCCGGCCAUAAUUUCUUUAUUUUUAGUUCAUUCAUGGAUAUAUGGAAAAAUGGAAAUUCCUCUACCAAAAUUAAGCUUUCUGGUAAACUAGGAAGUUUUAGUAAUAUCUAAAGCAAAUAAUUGUGAACUGAAUAGACAGUAGCUAUAUAUUAAGAAAAUAGUUAGAAGACUUGUUUUUUUCAUACUCAUUGGAAAAACUAAAUACUCUUAAGAUAAUUUUCAUGUUCCGAGAAAAUAAACAAUUGAGAGAAGGAUAAGAAAAAGGAGAAACACAUUUAGUUAGGUUUUGAAUUAUAGUCAAAGCCACGUAAUAUCGAGUGAAAAUAGUUGAUUAGCAAACGUUGGUUGCACAUUAUUCCUUAACAUGUACUGAUGAAACUCGAUCAAGUCACGCGUUUGAAAUUCGUGAAAACAAAAUUUUGGACCCAACAAGAAACAAAGAGAAAAAGGACAGAGGACCACAAAGUCAUCUCCACACUUGGAGUGUGCAGCUUUAAUUUAGACAAGAAAGCGUAGAGAUUGCCUUAUCAAGCAAAAGCAUCUCUCUCUCUCUCUCUCUCUCUCUCUCUCUCUCUCUCUCUCUCUCUCUCUCUCUCUCUCUCUCUCUCUCUCUCAUGUGUGUGUAUAUUUUUUCAUUUGUCUCUCUUUCUAUUCUAUUGUUUCGUAAAAAGGAAAGAGAGAGAAAAGAUGGAGAGGUUGAGACAUGAAAGGCUAAAUCUAGAAGUGGCCGUGACAUGGGGACUCGAAUCUUAUCUGCCUCUUCUAUCCUUUUUCAAUCAUUUUGGUUCCCUCUCUCUGUAUAUUUCAUUGCGUCAUCACUCAGAAACCCUAAUUUUCAUUAAUCUUUCCGUUGGUACAUGAGUUUUUUACCACCCGAUUUCAAAUAAAUUUAUAGUAGGCCGAAGCACUUACUUUAACUUGUUCAGUUGACGUUAUUACUACUAAAGCUUUGGGGAAGAAAAAAUACUCCCUCUGCUCACCAAAGUAAGAUUUUUUUAGAUUUUUUUUUGUUCGAUAAAUUUUUUAUAUUGUUAAGGUGUUUUUUUUAUAUAUUUGAGAAACAUUAAUUGGGAAUAUUUGAACUGAUUAAAUUUUACUGGUGGAAAAUUAUUGAAAAGUGUAUAAUAAAAUAAAAAAUAAAUUAAAUUAUAAACAUUUAUUAAAUUCUUAAUAAGCGUGAAUACUUUAUAAAAUCUUAUUUUUGGAAACGAGGGAGUACAUUACUAAACAUAUUGAUCCAAUGGAAAGGUAUAUCCUUGAUUAUAGUGAUUAGUACUCCCUCCGUUUUUUAAUAUAAGUCGUUUUACAGCUAUGCACAUAGAUUAAGAAAAUCAUUAAUUUCUUAUAUUUUCUAAACAAAAACAUCAUUAAUUAUUUACCUAACCACAAUUCAACCAAUAGAAAAAUAGAAGAUAUAUUACUAUUGGUCAUACAACAUUAAUUAUUAAUAAAUGUUACAUAGAAAACCGAAAACGACAUAUAAUUUGGAACAAAAAAGUUUCUCUAAAACGACUUAUAAUAAAAAACGGAGGGAGUAUGAAACGGGAAAAACUAAAUAAGAAUGAUUAAUGCACUUGAGAAAAAAAUAAAGAAUUGAUUCCAGGUCAGAAUGAGAGUCUAGGGAUUUGGAAGAACAUCAUUAAUAUACUUAUGUAUGCAUGCGUGCCCAUAUGUCUUAUACUCCUCUUCUCCUUCAUGCUUCCAAAGAGCCCACAUGUCGCAUUCCCCAGAUCUUCAAAGAACAAUGUUACUUCCUCCGUUUUUUAAUAUAAGUUGUUUUAGAACUGUGCAUAUAAAUUAAGAAAUUAUUAAUUAUUUACUUAAUCAUAAAUCAACCAAUAAUAAAAUAGAAAGAUAUUAUCGUUGGGCAUAUGACAUUAAAUGCUAGCAAUAAAUUUUACAUAGAAAAUCGAAAACGUCAUAUAAUUUGAACAUAAAAUUUUUUCUAAAAUGACUUAAAUAAAAAAACGGAGGGAGUAUAUAAAUACACACUUAUACACACAUAUAGUGGAAAGACGAAGCUGGCUUUGGAUGCAUCGACAUAAUUCGUUUUUUUUGUCUAAGCUAAUUCCUUGGAAUUAGAAUACUAUUGCAGCAGCUAUCAGAUGUUACUUCAUCUUUUUUUCAUUUCUAAGGGGGAACAGAUGAAUGAUUCUUAAGUUGAACAAUAUAUAUUUAUACUGAUUGGUUACUGAAUAGUCCACGUCUAUAUCUUAGCAACUGAACUAAAUUUUUAAAGCAGAAAUCUCCAUCCCAAGGAGAUUCCGACCGAUCCACAUAUGAGUCCUACUACACUCAUUGGACAACUAAAUGAAACGUGUAUAUAGAAACACACGAAAACAUAACAUUAUUAAUAAACAUAUGUAGUAUACUAUGUGUACGAUAAAUAUAUUACUCUUUCGGUUCCACAAUGUAAUGAUGUUUUAGAGAAAUUUUUAUGUUUCAAAAUAUAUAAUGUUUUGAUACUUUUAAAAUAUUUUAAUUUUAUUAAAAAUUGGUUAAACAAUAUCAUUUUACACAUUAUCUAUGAUUGAUUAACUUAUUUUUAAUUUAUAUUAUCAUAAUAUUAUUUUGUAGAAAAGUAAGUUUCUUAAUUGUUGUGCAUUCAAACAAAAUAUGUAUUUUAUUAUGGAACCGAAGGAGUAACUCUUAAGACACCUAGAUAACUCAAGAAACAAGGACGCUAUCAAAUCGGCAAAUGUUUGUGUGCGCGCGUUGAAAAUGGUGGUCAGGGAAUCAUGAAAACACUGUCAAACACCAAGAACUUAAGAAACAAGAACAAUGUCAACCAGUGCAAAAGAACCAUUCAUCAAAAGGAUAUACACACAAAUGCACAUGAAAACAUUAAUCAUAUGCUAUCUCUACUACACAACUGCACACAAAAAACACACACACACGUACGAAUCCGUAUAAAU